AUGCAAUAUUCUAUUUGGGUAUGGUCUUUGUUUAUCAUAGCAACUAUUCUCGGAAAAAAUGUCGAUGUUAAUAUUUAUGGUACAACGGCCGAUGGAUGGGAAUAUAUUCGAGAUUUUCUCAAGGAAAAUCUUGAAGAACAACGAGAUUUAGGUGCGUCAGUGGCAAUUUAUCAUCAAGGAAAAUUAGUUGUUGAUCUAUGGGGUGGAUGGUUCGAUCAAACUCAAAUGAAACCAUAUGAUAAUGAUACAUUACAAUUGGUAUUUUCAACAUCGAAAGGUUUAGUAGCUGUAGCACUUGCACUUUGUGUUCAACGAGGUCUACUCGAUUAUUCAGCAUUGGUCACAAAAUAUUGGCCAGAGUAUGGACAGAAUGGAAAAGAAAAUACAACUGUAGCCGAUAUUCUUUCACAUCGUGCUGGACUACCUUUGGAUUUUUCACCAUUUGAACAAUAUUUUAAUUGGACAGCAAUGAUACAUAAAUUAGAGCAAGCACAUCCAAUGUGGCCGCCUGGUACAGCUCAUAGUUAUCAUAGUCUGACAUAUGGUUGGCUAACAGGUGAAUUAGUUCGACGUGUUGAUCCGAUGAAAAGAACUUUGGGACAAUUUAUUCGUGAUGAAAUUGCAAAUCGUCUCAAUAUCGAAUUUUAUAUUGGUUUACCAUCUGAACAAGAAUAUCGUGUCUCACCGUUAGAUUUCAAAUCAAUUGAAAACGGAACAUACAAUCAGUCAUCAAUUAAUAACUAUGAUGUAUUGAAUAACCAGAGUGCACAUCAAGCCGAAAUUCCUGCUAUAAAUGGAAUAACCGAUGCUCGAUCGGUAGCAAGACUCUAUGCAUCGUUAAUUGGUGAUUUAGACAAUAAUAAAUAUCAACGACUGUUAACCAAAGAAAUCUUAGAACAAGCAACGAAAUCGAACACACCUGAGGGUGAACUAGAUUUUUUAUUAAAACUUCCUUCUAGAUUUAGUAUGGGCUUCAUGCUAAUGGAUGCAGUUUUUCCAUCAUUAGAUCCUGAUGUCUUUGGUCACAGUGGAGCUGGAGGAAGUACUGGUUUUGUUGCACCUGCAAAAAAUUUUUCAUUUGCCUAUGUUAUAAAUCGAAUGAAUAACUUAGCAAUCGACACUGAUCCUCGAUAUAAAUCAAUGUUAUAUAAAAUUGCAACUAUGAUCAAUAGUAACAACACAAGUGUUGGUCGUUUACAUAUGAAUUCAUGUUUUGCACUUCGACGAUUAUAA